GCAGGAGGACCUCAUGAGAGUCACCGUAACACCUUGGAGCAGCAUACCAGUAUAAGACAGAAGCUCUGCCAUAUCCCUUUUUGUCAUCUCUCACAAUGGGCCAUGUCAAUGUGUGUUUGAAAUGGCUGUUUAUUGUCUUUAACACACUUUCUGGGAUAGUAGGUAUUGUGUUUAUGGUUCUCGGUAGGCUUGCAAGCUCCACAGCUACUAUACAGGGUGGGAAGAUGAACGUUGUGUGGCUGGCUUACCUUUUAGGUGGAGCUAUCGCUGUAAUGUCCUUUGUUGGAGUGUUGGGUGCAAUACAGCAGAAGACAUCUGUCCUGAAAGUGUUUUGUGGAUUUGUGUUCAUUGGAAUGCUCAUCUGUGUGAUUUUUGGUGCAUAUGUAGCAAGCCAACGGUCCGCGUCUACAAAAGAAGGACAAGAAUUUCUCAGCACUGCUCAGUUCAAGGAAGAGCUUAAAACACAUCAAGAUAUGUAUAAGUUUGAAUGCUGUGGCACAAAUCACUACACCGACUGGGGGCCCAUUUUGCCAGAUUCCUGCUCUUGUCCACCAAUGUAUCAAGGCACUCCAACAUGCCAAUCAGUUUGGACAUUUGGGACGAGAUAUAUCUACAAAGAGCCAUGUGUUCCUUACCUGUUGCGGAUGUUGAAUACAGUCAUUGAUAUCGUGGUUGGGAUAUUCUUUGGAUUGGCAAUAGUGGCGCUCAUUGGGAUAUUCAUGGCCAUAGUCAUGAUCUUACAGAUCCGGAGCACCAAUGAAGACGUCAGACCUCCUCCGUACCAUGGUGCCAACUUUUCUCAAACUUUUGUCUGACGUUUGGUAGAAAGUUGUUUUUGUCUCC